AUGUUGAGCAGCAGCAACAUCUUCGCCGUGUGCAUCGCCGCCGUCCUGUCAAGCGGCGUGAGCGCGGAGCAGGAAGUGGCCCAGACCUUUGGCCACAUCCACCCCGGCUACAUCCACAACAACCACGUGCACAACACCCGCUUCCACGGUGUAAUCGGCGUCCCCGGCGUCGUGGGUGUCGCCGUGGCUCCAGCUGUGUACGGCACCGGCUUGUACGGCCCCGGCGUGUAUGCUCCCGGUGUUGGUGUGGGUGUCGGUGUGCCUGGCGUGGCUGGCGUCGGUGCCAAUGUCGGUGUCGGCGUGCCUGCUGUCGGCGUCGGUGGCCCCGCGGUUGGCGUUGGCGGUCCCUCAGUCGGAUACAACGCGGCGCCUGCGAAUGCCGCCUCCAAUGCGAAUGUCGGUGCGCCCGCCAACGCGAACGCAUACGCCGGAAAUACUGUCUCGAACGCGAAUGCUGGCGCUCCAGGAAACGCCAACGCGAAUGCCAACAUCGGCACCGGUCCCAGUGGCAACGAUGGCCCCAUCCAGACGAGUGGUGGCGCGACUGCGACGGCCACUGCGACUGCGAACGCAAACGCGAACGCUGGUCCGAGCAGCGACCCGAACAACGGACCCAACACUGCAACUGGUGGCGCGGGCGCUACGUCUCAGAAGGCGUACCGUCAGCUUCGCUCGGAGUAA